GCUCUCCCUGCUGUUCCCGGGGACAUUUACACACCGCAACCCUGACAAGUCAGCAGCGGCGAAGGACAGGGCGCGGGACCCUCUGGACACCGGCGAUCGAGCCCCGCGCACAGCUGCACUCCGCACCCCAGCUAGAAUCGCACCGAGCCCCUCCGAAGGAGCAGAGCAAACUUCAGCCGCCUCGGGGAUCCGCGGUCCGGGUUCGGAGGCUCCGCGUGCCGGGGAACACAGCACCCCGAGGGGCUCUCCUUGCCCUUGGUGCGAGGCCCGAGCCGCGGCCGAGCCGCGCGGGGCCGCAGAGGGUAGGACAAGAUGCGGGGCUCCGGACCCCGGGGUGCGGGGCUCCGGCGGCCCACGGCCCGCACCCCCGCGUCGCCGGCCGGCUGCUGCUGCGCGCCCCGCAGAGCCCCGCUCUGGACGUGCCUGGUGCUGUGCGCCGCGCUGCGGACGCUCCUCGCUAGCCCCAGCAGCGAAGUGAAUUUGUUGGAUUCACGCACUGUCAUGGGGGACCUGGGAUGGAUUGCCUUUCCAAAAAAUGGGUGGGAAGAGAUUGGAGAAGUUGAUGAAAACUACGCUCCUAUCCACACAUACCAAGUGUGCAAGGUUAUGGAACAGAAUCAGAAUAACUGGCUCUUGACCAGUUGGAUCUCCAACGAAGGUGCUUCCAGAAUCUUCAUAGAACUGAAGUUUACUCUGCGGGACUGUAACAGUCUCCCUGGGGGCCUGGGGACGUGCAAGGAAACUUUUAACAUGUAUUAUUUUGAGUCUGAUGAUGCAAAUGGGAGAAACAUCAAGGAAAACCAGUACAUCAAAAUCGACACCAUUGCAGCCGAUGAGAGCUUCACAGAACUGGAUCUUGGUGACCGAGUCAUGAAACUGAACACAGAGGUCAGAGACGUGGGCCCUCUGAGCAAGAAGGGAUUUUACCUGGCUUUCCAAGACGUGGGAGCAUGCAUUGCUCUGGUUUCUGUGCGUGUGUACUAUAAAAAAUGCCCUUCCAUUGUGCGACACUUAGCAGUCUUCCCCGACACCAUCACUGGAGCAGACUCUUCACAGUUGCUGGAGGUGUCAGGUGCCUGUGUCAAUCACUCUGUGACAGAUGAGCCCCCCAAGAUGCACUGCAGUGCUGAAGGGGAGUGGCUGGUGCCCAUCGGGAAGUGCAUGUGCCAGGCGGGAUACGAAGAGAAAAAUGGCACCUGUCAAGUGUGUGCACCGGGGUUCUUCAAAGCCUCGCCUCACAGCCAGACCUGCAGCAAAUGCCCACCUCACAGUUACACCCAUGAGGAAGCUUCCACCUCUUGUGUCUGUGAAAAGGAUUAUUUCAGGAGGGAAUCUGAUCCACCCACAAUGGCAUGCACAAGACCCCCCUCAGCUCCUCGGAAUGCCAUCUCAAAUGUUAAUGAGACUAGUGUCUUUCUGGAAUGGAUUCCGCCCGCUGACACUGGUGGAAGGAGAGAUGUGUCCUAUUAUAUUGCAUGCAAGAAGUGCAACUCCCAUGCAGGUGUGUGUGAGGAGUGUGGCGGUCAUGUCAGGUACCUCCCCCAGCAAAUCGGCCUGAAAAACACCUCUGUCAUGAUGGCGGAUCUGCUCGCUCACACAAACUAUACCUUUGAGAUUGAGGCAGUGAAUGGAGUGUCCGACUUGAGCCCAGGAACCCGGCAGUUUGUGUCUGUAAAUGUAACCACAAAUCAAGCAGCCCCCUCUCCAGUCACCAAUGUGAAAAAGGGGAAGAUUGCAAAAAACAGCAUCUCGUUAUCUUGGCAAGAACCGGACCGACCCAAUGGGAUUAUCCUGGAAUAUGAAAUCAAGUAUUUUGAAAAGGACCAGGAGACCAGCUACACCAUUAUCAAAUCCAAAGGCACCACUAUCACCGCAGAGGGCUUGAAGCCAGCUUCCGUGUAUGUCUUCCAAAUUCGAGCACGAACAGCAGCCGGCUACGGUGUCUUCAGUCGAAGAUUUGAGUUUGAAACCAUCCCAGUGUCAGUUGCAGCAUCCAGCGAUCAAAGCCAGAUUCCUAUAAUUGCUGUGUCUGUGACAGUGGGAGUCAUUUUGCUGGCAGUGGUUAUUGGCUUCCUCCUCAGUGGAAGUUGCUGCGAAUGCGGCUGUGGGAGGGCUUCUUCCCUGUGCGCUGUUGCCCAUCCAAGCUUAAUAUGGCGCUGUGGCUACAGCAAAGCAAAGCAGGAUCCAGAAGAGGAAAAGAUGCACUUUCAUAACGGGCACAUUAAACUGCCUGGUGUAAGAACCUACAUCGAUCCGCAUACCUAUGAAGAUCCCAACCAAGCUGUCCAUGAAUUUGCCAAGGAGAUAGAAGCCUCAUGCAUCACCAUUGAAAGAGUGAUCGGGGCAGGUGAAUUUGGUGAAGUUUGUAGUGGACGCUUGAAACUACCAGGAAAAAGAGAAUUACCUGUGGCCAUCAAAACCCUGAAAGUAGGCUACACUGAAAAGCAGCGCAGAGAUUUCCUAGGAGAAGCGAGUAUCAUGGGACAGUUCGAUCACCCUAACAUCAUCCACCUAGAAGGCGUUGUGACCAAAAGCAAACCAGUGAUGAUAGUGACAGAGUACAUGGAGAAUGGCUCUUUAGAUACAUUUUUAAAGAAGAACGAUGGGCAGUUCACUGUGAUUCAGCUUGUGGGCAUGCUGAGAGGCAUCGCAGCAGGAAUGAAGUACCUCUCAGACAUGGGCUAUGUGCACAGAGACCUCGCCGCCAGGAACAUUUUAAUCAACAGUAACCUCGUGUGCAAAGUGUCUGACUUUGGACUUUCCAGGGUACUGGAAGAUGAUGCUGAGGCGGCCUACACCACAAGGGGAGGCAAAAUUCCAAUCAGAUGGACUGCCCCAGAGGCCAUAGCUUUCCGAAAGUUCACCUCAGCCAGCGAUGUCUGGAGCUACGGCAUCGUGAUGUGGGAAGUGGUAUCCUACGGAGAGAGACCUUACUGGGAGAUGACCAACCAAGAUGUGAUUAAAGCAGUCGAGGAAGGCUACAGGCUGCCAAGCCCCAUGGAUUGUCCUGCUGCUCUCUAUCAAUUAAUGCUGGAUUGCUGGCAGAAGGACCGCAAUAGCAGGCCCAAGUUUGAGGAAAUAGUCAACAUGCUGGACAAGCUGAUACGCAACCCGAGCAGUCUGAAGACGUUGGUGAAUGCUUCGAGCAGAGUUUCAAGUUUAUUGGCAGAGCAUGGAUCCCUGGGGUCUGGGGCCUACAGAUCAGUGGGAGAAUGGCUAGAAGCCAUCAAGAUGGGCCGCUAUACAGAGAUUUUCAUGGAAAAUGGAUACAGUUCAAUGGACGCUGUGGCUCAGGUGACCUUGGAGGAUUUGAGACGUCUUGGAGUGACUCUUGUCGGUCACCAGAAGAAGAUCAUGAACAGCCUUCAAGAAAUGAAGGUGCAGCUGGCAAAUGGGAUGGUGCCACUGUAAUUUCCGCCAGUGUCACAGCUUCAAGGGAAUGCUUCUGCACUUUGUAAACAGCCCUGAGUUUUAUUUUAAUUAAAAAAAAUAGGAAAGGGGGACAAUGAUUUCUAAACCUUAGGAGAGCACUUGCUCAGCCACAGAAUUUGCAAUCAGUGUUUCACCAAAAUCGAAUCUUGCUCUUUGUGUCUUCGUUUUUUGUGAAGCAACUAUGACCUGCGUAAACAAGAACACGAUGGUAGACAUUAUCUUAUGUUACGAUAAGAAUAAAGUCUUUUCCUCUACUUCUACAAAAGUUUAUACAUGACGUGUAUAAAUAUACAGCACCUUCAAAGACUGGAUUUAAGGUAGCCCUUCUCAAAACUCCCAGGGAUCUACUUGAAAGGAUAGAUUUCAUAGCCAUAUAUGGGCUAAGAAAAGCUGCAGUUCACAGAAGUUUACUUCAGUUCUUAAAAGUCUGCAUAAGUGUAUUGAAGAGCAAUAUGAUUAGAUUCUUCCUUAUGCAUAUCUUCUUUUGUAAUCUUAAAAUACUAUUACGUGGUAUUAAGUUAUAGAAACUAGUUUAUAAACAUGUUGCUUGAUCAAGGAUCAGUACAAUACAGGGUGUAUAUUUAUUUUUCUGUGUUAUAAAGUUUACUCUCAGUUGCUCUUCUGGAAUCUACUAAGUAAUAAAUCUGUAUAUGCUGUACAGUUUACAAUAUACCCAGAAACUGACUUGGAGAUGUGUGUGUUUGCACAUGUGUGCAUCAUUCUGCUUGCAUUUUUCAUAGGGUUUUAAUUUUAGGAACAGAAAAGGACAGUGUUCCAGAGUGUAAUAUGAAUGAGAUAAAGAAAAGAGAAAGAAAGAAAGAAAGAAAAAGAAAGAAAAAAUUUAACACAAGCCAAUAUCUCUCUCGUGUGUCCAUCUCUUUCCUCACUACCAGGAAAUGUCUGCAAGAUUGUGUCCUCUUUGGCUUUUUAAAACACUUUGUAAUAUCUGUGAUAAUGCAGUUCCUCGAGCCAUUAAUCUUGCAACGCUGUAAGAAAUUCCACCUUUUUGAAUUCUAGAGAAUAUCUUGUCAAGCAGAGUUGACAGGAAAGGGCACUUUUUCAGUGAGAUAUAAAAGGAUUUAGCUGCUGGCUUCUGUUAAUGUUCCUAAAUCCAAGCACAUAGCACUGAGCUUCACCCUUAGUUGUUAAUCCUUUGGAACCAUUUCCAUGCUGGCCCUUUUCUAGAAUUUUGAUACUAAGGUAGAAAUGGCAUGAUGAAAGUUAGAUAAGUAUACAGAUAGAUAUUUCCUUUAUAACCUGAUAGAAAUGGAAAGAUGAAAAAUACAUUUUUUUUCCUUUAGAAUCUUCUGUUUCAAGACUUGAAAAAUAUGAUUUGCUGAUGGGGCUUUAUUAAAUUGGUAAUUUCAUUUUGUGUUCAAUAAUGUGGUGUUGAAUUCAUUUGGAUAAGCCAAUCCAAAGUAUUGUUUGAUUGGAUUUAUUAAGGAAUGGAAGAUAUGUCUUCUCUAUGUCCUAUACUUUACACUGUGAAAACUUAAAUUUGUUAUAAAACUUACACAGUUUGAGGUUAUACACAACCAAGUUCCUGUGUGAGGUGAACAAAUGUUUUAUAUCAUUACACUUUGUAUAAUCAUGGAAUAGCAUGUGAUACUCAGGAGCACAGCACUUAAAUAAAAUACAGCCUACUGGUGAUUUUCAGCAGUAUAUCAGAGCCUGGGAUUUGGAAAUCCAUAGAAAAUGUACACGUGUUACAAAUGAUACUCUUUUUCCCUAAGCACCUGGUUUAUAGAAAUGUUAGCCCAGGUGUAAGAGUACAUUUGGGGGAAUAAUUUGUUUCUGUUCUGUCCACCUUUAUAUAAAUUCUUGCUAAAGAACAAGACGAAACUACAACUAUAACAAAAGAAAAUAAAGAGCAAGAUCUGAACUCUUUUAAAACUCUAUUAGAAUUUCUAUAAAAUACCAUGAGUCAACACAAACUUUAUCUAUUGUUUUAGGGAAAUUUCCACAGAAAGGCAAAAGACGUAUUUCAAUAUCAUGUUGAUAAAAAUCACAGGUAAAUAGGCAUCAUCAUUAUUAAAGAUGCAUUUGCCCACUUCAAUAAACAGAAAAUUAUUAAAGCACAUUCUUAUAUAAAAUAAUUGGAUAUUGUGUUGCAAUUUAUUAAAUUUUGUAAAAAGAUUUGAAUCAAAGUGAUAAAGUAACAGUUGAGAAACUUCAAGCUAUGCAUAGACUUAAUGGUUUAAAUGCAAAACUCCCACAUUUUAGAGCUGGUUGACUGGCUGCAUGAAUAUAACAAAGUAUUUUUAAAAUUAUAUUCUACCUUAAUAUGUGCAAAGAUAACAAAGGAGUCAGGGUGGAGGAUAUCUUAAGUGAUAGAACACAUAUUUCCUAUUUUUCACAAAAGAAUAUGCUGUAUACUGUUUAUUUGCCCUUUUGUAAUUCUGAUAUUUACUUGGGAAAAUGCAGUAAUUCAAAAUGGAACUUAAAUAGCCAUGUGGCGUUCAUCUGUCUCUCAGUCUGAGCAUUUCUAAAGAACGUCAAAGCUUUCUAAAAUACUUGCUCACCACCAGGUAUGCCAACAGCUGGGAAGUGUGGAUUUCAGAUCACAAGAGUGAGAAUUGGAAGGAAGCAAGUCUCCCAAAAUACAGCUAGACUGUGUAGCACAGGGCAAGUUUUGACAAACCGUCAUGAAAUUCCUUAUCCUAUUAGCUCAUGUAGUCAGGCGCUGGACCACCAAAACUCAAGCAUGAAUCUCAUCAUUUCAUCACGUACUACAUAUUUGUCAAAUAACUGAUAAUUUUUUUGUGAUUGUCAGUUGCAGUACUCUUUGGCAUGAAUAGCAGUGUUGGAUCUUGAAAAGCAAGUACAAGCAGGGAAUUAUUUUCCACAUACUGGUAACUGUUGAAGUCACUCAAUUACUGUAAUCAUUCUUUGUGUGUAACUCUGCCAUUUGAUUUGCUAUAAUAUGUCAUGGAAACAGUUGCUCUUUUGGAAAUGUAUUCACUAUAUGUAAAAAUGCAAGCAUUUUGAUUUUUACUAUUUAGAAAAAAUGAAUGUGCAUGGUCUUUUAUUUCUUGUAUUUUGUUCACCAAAUCAGUGUUCUACAGUUCUAGGUUGACUGUAAAAUCUGUAUCACGGAAUGAAGGUAGAAGCUCAGUACUAGAGUGCUUGCCCAGAUUGCACAUGGCCUUGGGGUCAGUCCCCAGUACCACAAAACUGUCAAUAUUCUAUCUAAACUUAAGCAUUGCUGACAUCAUUAGUUGAACAAUUUACAACAUCCUUAGCUCUGUUUGCAGAAGAAUUUUAACCAGUGUGCGAUGGUGAUGAUGGUAUUCCACAUCCCAAGGAUCAAAUGGAAUUGUAUCAGUUGAGCACUUAUAUUUGUAUGUCUGCUACUUAAUUUUUAUGUGAAAGUAAAAGGUUUUCCACGCCAUUCUUUCUCCCAUUUGAAGUGGGUUUUCAGAGCACAAGAACAGAUAAUUUACCUUUGAAAGUUUUUUUCUUCACUCUAAUGUUGCAUUGGAUGGCAAACACUCUUUGCGUAAGGUAUUAAAAAUUUACUAAAUGUAGAAUAAUGUGUAGUAGGAUAAUAUCUUUUCUCCAUUUCAUUCUUUUUAAAUAUAAGAAGCAAGCUAAAUGUGAUGAUAAAUUGUCUUUGUUACGUCCUGCCAGAUGUUUAAUAUUAAAGUAAAUUCAAAAGUAGGUACAAUAUAAUGAUGAUGAUGAUGAUGAUGAAUAAAUAGAAUUAAAAUUCUACCUUUACUUGAAAUUUAAUAACUAGAAUAAGUCAUCAUUUUUCAACGCUAGCACAGCUGGUUACAUUGAAUAUUUUUCUCUAUUAUCAUGCUAAUUAUAUAGUAAUGUGUCAAAAAAUACGUAGAUCAAAACUUUCUUUUCAUUUCUUGCUCAUUUAUGAAAAAAUCUUUUCAUAUAUAAAUGGUUCAAUGUUUUUGUUUAGAAUGACCACAUAAUUAUUGCUUAGAACAUACCAAUUAACUUUUUUUAAAAAAUUGUUUAUAAUAAUCAGAAUCUAAUGUGGUUCUUUUUUCUUCUAAAUGUUAAUGGGAAAAAUCAAAGGUAGCAAAAAUAUGUAAUGCUUAUUCAAGAAAGUGGGCUAUAUUGAUGGAACUUUGAGUGGUCAACAUCUUUGCAAAUCUUUCGACUGCUGUAAUUUUACAGUUAGUUACUUAUAAGUAUGUAAAUUACAUUUCCUAUAGUCCGAGAAUAAACUUAGACUCAGUUAUUUGUUCAUAUGUUUAUCAGAGUCUCUUGGUUCCCGCAGUUCAGGAGCAGCUGUGUGGUUAUUUUGCUCUUUGAUAGGCACUCUGAUCAUAGUCCCUGUCUCAGAGUUAAUUUGAGGAAGGAUUAACAUUUCUGUAUUUUUUCCCAUUUGAAGUUCUGUGCGGUUUUGGUUUGUAUACAUGUUUUUGUAGUGUAAAAUACGAAAUUUUCUAUUUUUUCAGAAAAUAAAAAAAACCUUUGAACAGUCAAA